AUGAAUACUCUAACGACGUGUAUCUAUAAGUUAGGUAUUCCGGUUGAUACGGAAAGUUUGAAAGGCGUUUCGAUGCUUCAACUUGCAGUUACUGGUGACCAUAUCAAAGCAGUCAAUCUCGGAGCUGAUGUUAAUAAAGCAACGUCUCGCGGGCGAACACCACUCUUAACCGCAGCCAGAUAUGGUGCUAUAAAUUCGAUGAAAUUUAUUCUCGAUAUUCUUUGUCGUCAAGAAAAGGAUCGUUUGAAAAAACUGAACGCAGAACAGAAAACGUCAAACGAUAAAGAUGGCUAUAAGUUUCUGCUGGUAUCGGAUGAAAAUAACGAUAGUGCACUCCAUUUGGCAUGUCGAGGAAUUGACUAUAAAUGCGUUAAAGUAAUCUUUCUUUGUUGUUUCUGA